AUGAACACCUGCGAUGCCAAGGAGUACCUGGCCCGGAGGGAGAUCCCGCAGCUCUUCGAGAGUCUGUUGAAUGGAUUAGUGUGUUACAAACCUGAUGACCCAAUAGAAUAUUUGGAAGGAUGUUUACAAAAAGUGAAGGAACUGGGAGGGUCAGAAAAAGUGAAAUGGGACACGUUUGUUAGUCAAGAAAAGAGGACAUUACCCCCACUCAAUGGAGGACAAUCAAGAAGAUCCUUUUUCAGGAAUGUGAUGCCUGACAAUCCUAACUUUCCUUAUCGACGAUAUGACCGACUCCCUCCAAUCCACCAAUUCUCCAUAGAAAGUGACACAGAUCUUUCUGAAACUGCUGAGCUAAUUGAGGAGUAUGAUGUAUUUGAUCCUACAAGACCUCGACCAAAAAUCAUCCUUGUCUUAGGUGGCCCAGGAAGUGGGAAGGGAACCCAAAGUUUGAAAAUAGCAGAACGUUAUGGAUUUGAAUACAUAUCAGUUGGUGAAUUGUUAAGGAAGAAGAUCCACAAUACAAGCAGCAAUAGAAAAUGGAGUCUAAUUGCUAAAAUAAUUACUACGGGAGAACUGGCCCCUCAGGAAACAACCAUAACUGAGAUAAAGCAGAGAUUAAUGCAGAUUCCUGAUGAAGAAGGUAUAGUUAUUGAUGGAUUUCCAAGAGACGUUGCACAGGCACUCUCCUUUGAGGACCAAAUCUGCACUCCAGAUUUGGUGGUGUUUCUGGCCUGUUCCAAUCAGCGGCUGAAAGAAAGGUUAUUGAAACGUGCUGAACAGCAAGGGAGACCUGAUGAUAACCUCAAAGCCACUCAAAGACGACUUAUUAAUUUCAAGCAGAAUGCUGUUCCACUGGUCAAAUAUUUCCAGGAAAAGGGGCUAAUCAUCACAUUUGAUGCGGACAGGGACGAAGAGGAAGUUUUCUAUGACAUAAGCAUGGCAGUCGACAAUAAGCUAUUUCCUCCCAAAGAGGCAGUGGCAGGGCCAAAUGUACUUGAUCUAAGUCUGAUUAUGGAUUCUGGAGAUAUCGCUGAUACCGAAUUUGACUUUGAAGACCAGGCAGAUGACCAAUCAAAUUUCUCUGGAUAUGAGAACGCAGGCGAUUUUACAGAAGAUUUAAGGAAAUCUAACAUCAUUUUUGUAGUUGGUGGCCCUGGCUCUGGCAAAGGAACCCAGUGUGAACAAUUAGCACAGAAAUAUGGAUUUACACAUCUGUCUACUGGUGACCUCCUCCGACGUGAAUUAACCUCAUCAUCAGAGAGGAGCAAACUGAUCAAAGACAUCAUGGAAUGUGGCGAACUGGUGCCUGGAGAUAUUGUUUUGGCGCUACUGAAGGAAGCCAUGAUUGCCCGUUUAGGAGACACAAAGGGAUUUCUGAUUGAUGGGUAUCCCUGGGACGUGAAACAAGGAGAAGAAUUUGAAUGCAAGAUUGGGGAGCCAAAACUUGUGCUCUGCCUGGACUGCUCCACUGAGACCAUGAGCAGUCGCCUUUUGAAGAGGAGUCAGUGCACUGCUGAUGCCGAAGCUGUCAUGAAACGAAUGGCUACGUACUACCAAGCAACUGAGCCCGUGAUUGCAUAUUAUGAAAAGAAGACACAGUUAUGCAAGAUAAAUGCAGAAGGAAUGCCAGAAGAGGUUUUUCUUCAAGUCUGCACAUCAGUCGACUGCUUUCUGAAAAAGGAAGAGGAAGCAUUGUCUCUUUCAGCAGAAGUACAGUAA